AUGCAUCAUCCUAAUGGUAGAAUUGUAGUGGCUUGGAAUCCUUUGAGUUAUGAUGUGGAUAUUAGAGGGAGUUCGAGCCAAUGGAUGCAUUUUGAUGUCUUAGCCAAAAAUAGGGAUCAUUUUGCUAUCACUGUGGUGUAUGCUUCUAAUGAUAAGAUAGGCAGGGAGAGGCUUUGGGAAGACUUGGAAAAUAUGGCUCAUGGAAUUUCUGGCCCUUGGAUAGUUAUGGGAGACUUCAAUGAUGUUUUAUCUCCUGAAGAUAGGUUUCCUUAUCAUGGGAAUGGUUCAGAAUUAGCUUCUUUUCAACACUGUGCAGAGUCUUGCAGGUUAUUAGAUAUGAAGUUUUCAGGUAAUUUUUUUACUUGGAAUAAUAAACAAGCUGGUAAGGACAGGGUAUAUGCUAAACUAGAUAGAGUCUUAGCUAAUGAGAACUGGAUAGGGAAGUUUCCUACUACUGAAGUGGUUUUUUUUCCUGAAGGUGAUAUGGACCAUAGUCCGUUUAUGGUGAACUUUGGCUCUCUUCCUGAGAACAAGAAGCCUUUCAGAUUUUUCAACUUCUGGAGUAACCUUGAAGGGUAUCAAAGGACAGUAGCUGAAAGUUGGAGGAAGGAGGUUCAGGGAACUCCAAUGUUUUGCUUGAUAACAAAAUUAAAAAGGCUGCGAGUAGAGUUGAAGAAGUUUAAUAGGGAAGGGUAA